ACUAUAAAAGAUAUCAUAAAUAAUUAAACAAACACAGCAUAAUGGAGUACUACGAUUCAGAUGUUCCAAACAUCCCCAACUACAAGUUGUCCGAGAAGCAAUUUCUUCUCUCCAAAGUAGAUGCAACAAAGCGGGAAACGCUUGCGGAAGAAAUACUUGCGUCGAUAAAGGAGGAUGCUUUAGCUCCAUAUUAUGAAUACCUUCACACUGAGAUCGGAUUUCCAUUUGAUGAAUCUUUGCACCGUGAAUUGAAGGAACGUAACGAAGUAGAAAUCCAAAAGCUCAAGGCCCAGAUCAAGGAGGCUGAAGGUGACGAUGAAACGGAAUUGGACGUUUCGGCAACUUAUGUCAACCUUGCUGAAUAUUACGCCAAGAUCAUUGACCGAAAGAAUGCCGUGGAAACUUAUAAGAAGGCAUUGGACUUGCCUCGUAGUACUGGUUCAAAGAUUGAUAUAUUGUUGACUCUUGCAAGAAUUGAUUUCUUCUUCAAUGAUUAUCAUCUCGCACAAAAGAAUUUAGAUCAAGUCAAGGUCUUAAUCGAAAAGGGGGGUGACUGGGAACGUCGUAAUAGAUAUAAGAUGUACAAUGGUAUCUACUUGAUGGCUACACGUAACUUUGGUGACGCUGCAAAGCUCUUGAUUGAUUCUUUGGCAACUUUCACCUCCACAGAAAUUUGUUCAUACGAUCAAGUUGCACAUUACGCUAUAGUUUCUGGAGUUAUGUCCUUGGAUAGAGUAGACUUGAAAGAAAAGAUUAUGGACUCUCCAGAAAUCUUAUCUAUUUUCCUGUCUGCUCCUCACUUGGAACCAUUGAUUAACUUGACCAACUCAUUAUACGCGUGCCAAUAUAACUAUUUCUUCCAAUACUUGUUGCAGUCUCACGAUGAAUUACUCUUACCAAACAAGUAUUUGAGUCAACAUGCAAACUACUUUUUGAGAGAAAUGAGAUGCAAGGCAUACGGUCAAUUGUUAGAGAGUUACAAAUCCAUUUCAUUGAAGUCUAUGGCUGAGAAUUUCAACAUUAGUACGGAUUUCUUAGAUCGUGACUUGUGUAAGUUUAUUCCUAACAAGAAGUUGAAUUGUGUUAUUGAUAAAGUUAACGGUAUAAUCGAAACUAAUAGACCAGACAACAAGAAUAAUCAAUACCAUUUAUUGAUCAAGCAAGGUGAUUCAUUAUUAACCAAGCUUCAAAAAUACGGAGCUGCUGUCAAGUUAAGUGGGGCUGAACGUGUAUAGAGAAGUACAUAGAAUAAACUAGAAAAUAUUUCAAUUG